UCUCUCUCUCUCUCAAGCCAAAUUGCAUUUCUUAGCGCGAGGGUUUUUUUCCACAACUGCUUCUUCUCUCUCGCUCUGACUCUUAUUUAUGAAGCUCUCCAGCUCGCAGCAGCAUCGCCUUCGAAUUCCGGGUCGGAUCUCCGAUUAGGGCAGUUCGAAUUAGAUGGCAUCUUCACAUAAUGUUGAGUUGGAGGCAGCCAAGUUUCUCCACAAACUCAUUCAAGAUUCUAAAGAUGAGCCUGCCAAACUUGCUACGAAGCUUUACGUGAUACUACAACACAUGAAGUCAAGUGGGAAGGAACAUUCCAUGCCAUAUCAAGUGAUAUCAAGGGCCAUGGAGACUGUUAUUAAUCAGCAUGGUCUUGAUAUUGAAGCUUUGAAGUCCUCACGCCUUCCUAUGUCUGGUGGAACUCAAACAGCUUCUUCUCAUGCUGUUGCUGUUGCAAAAGAUUCCAAAGCAGGCUUGGCUGAAAAUGAGAUGUCUAAUAUGGACAAGUUUUCUUUAAGCGGACCGCCUGUUGGCCCUAGCAGUACAGGAAAUGAUUAUUAUCAAGGAUCCGCAGCUCAUCGGAGUAGUCAAUCUUUUGAUCAUGAAAGUCCAUCUAGUUUAGACUCUAGGUCUGCCAAUUCACAGUCACAAGAAAGGCGUGAUACAAACAAACAGGUGAAUCGAAAGGAUGGUAAAAAACCCACCACUAAGAGGAAGAGGGGAGAUACAUCCAUGCCUAUGGAACCGCAUCCUGAAAACCCUCAACAUCUUGAUACUGGAAAUGCUGCAGUUAAUACAAGGAAGGGAAAGACAAACAAGGUUGAACCACCUGCUGGUUUCUCAAGUAAAGGUGGUGAAACUGCUAGUUUUAAUAUUGGUCUGGGUGGUGGUCAAAUGGAACAUUUUACAUCGUUCUCUGGAAGUAUGAGACCACUGCUCAGAGCCAAGCAAGAAGGUCAACCUUCAGAAAAGCAGUUGGAUGUGACAAAUACUACCAAUUCGAUGUCUCGGGCUCUAAGUUCAAAUCACCCUGAAGAAAUGGAAGUUUCCUCUACUCAUAAUGCUUUAACAAAGCAGCAAGCCACUUCCAUACCUCCUAUACAUGACACUAUGGGCAUAUGGAAUCAAAGUAAAGCUGGCUUUCCAUUUGAAAAAUCUCAAGUUCCCAGAUUUUCUUCUAAUGUUGCCAUUCCAGGUAAUAUGUCAGCAGAGAUUCCAAUGCAGCAGUCAACGUCUCCAUCACCUGGAUCAAGCUCUUUUGGCAAGAUUCAAGGAGGCGUGCCAGUUGCAUCUGGUUCAUACCAAGUAGCAGAACCUGGAUUCUCAAGUCCAAUCAAUUACAGCAGCACAUUGGCCUCGACUGGAAAGGUCUCUGAGCAUGAUGGAGGAAAUACUAAUAUAUUAGCAGAUGGAAAUAAGACAUCUCAGGCUGGAAGGCAAAAUAGUGCAGUAGAAAUGAGUAUGCUGAGAAGUGCAGCUCUGAGAGAUACUGGUAAAUCCCCAGUUCACUUGGCUUCUGGAUCUCCUGGCAUGCCUUUCCAGGAACAGCAGUUGAAGCAGCUCAGAGCACAGUGCCUUGUCUUUUUAGCCUUCAGAAAUGGUUUGAUGCCAAAGAAACUACAUCUUGAAAUUGCACUCGGUAACAUUUUCCCUAAAGAAGGUGGCAAUACAGAUGGAUCUCGUAACGAGUUCGUUGACCAUAAAGGAAAAGCGCAGUUAUCAAAUGAGCCAAAUAUCAUUUCUGAUGCUACUACACCAUAUGGAAGACUUAGCAAUGAGAGGGAAACUGAUAAAAUGCUGCCCAGUGCCUUGUCCACCGGAAAGUUCCCUGAGACUGAUUCUCUGUUCAUAGAAACUGAGAACCCGAAAAUGGAAGAAAAAAAUGGCCCACCUCCAGAUCACUUUGUACUUGCAGAAGAAAGAAACCAUCUUAUUGGUUUACAGAAACCAGAAUCUGAAAUACAGACCCAUGAGACCACAAUCUCGCCGGCAAGUUUAACCAUUGCAUCACAGCAUCCUGAAUCUUCAGGUGCAAGGAGUGGUUCAACUGUCAAUAAUCCUUUGGACAAUAUGGAAAAUGGACAUUUGCAACUUGGAAGGGUCCCAAAUCUUAGCAGCAGCAAUGUCAUGGGGAAUCAGCAUACAGGUAAUCACCCGGCUUCUUUUUCACUCAGAGAUUCUUGGAAACCGAUUUCUGGAAUUGGAAAUGAUCAUUACACAGCAGGUGCAUCAAAGGAUGCUCAUAUCCUGCCGAAACAUUUAUAUCAGGGACAAGUAAAGAAUGAUAACCAUACUGAUUUGCCACCUUCACCAAAGUACACUAUGUCAGAAAAGUGGAUUAUGGAUAAGCAGAAAAAGAAGCUUUUGGAUGAACAAACUUGGAUUCUAAAACAGCAAAAAGCGAAGCGAAAAAUUGCGACAUGUUUCCACAAAUUAAAGGAAAAUGUGAGCUCUUCUGAAGAUAUAUCUGCAAAGACCAAAAGCGUCAUAGAACUGAAAAAACUACAACUCUUGGAGCUGCAACGCCGUCUCCGAAGUGAAUUCUUGGGUGAUUUCUUCAAACCAAUCAAUACUGAAAUGGAUAACUUGAGAAGUUGUAAGAAAUAUAGACAUGGUAGGAGGAUAAAACAACUUGAAAAGUUUGAGCAAAAGAUGAAGGAAGAGCGACAAAAGAGAAUUCGGGAGAGGCAAAAGGAGUUCUUUGGUGAAAUUGAGGUUCACAAGGAAAGACUGGACGAUGUGUUUAAACUUAAGAGAGAACGCUGGAAGGUUUUCAAUAAGUAUGUGAAGGAGUUCCACAAAAGGAAGGAACGUAUCCAUCGUGAGAAGAUUGAUAGGAUCCAACGUGAAAAGAUAAAUUUAUUAAAGAUCAAUGAUGUGGAGGGAUAUCUGCGAAUGGUGCAGGAUGCCAAAUCUGACCGUGUUAAGCAACUUCUCAAAGAGACUGAGAAAUAUCUUCAAAAGCUUGGUUCCAAACUACGAGAUGCAAAGGCUUUGGCAAGCCGAUUUGAGCAUGAUGUGGAUGAAAGUGGAACUGCAAGUGUGGUGGAGAAGAGUGAGCCUACUUUUGAAAAUGAAGAUGAAAGUGACCAGGCUAAGCAUUACAUGGAGAGCAAUGAGAAGUACUAUUUGAUGGCUCAUAGUAUAAAAGAGACUGUUGCUCAGCAGCCAUCUAUUCUUACCGGUGGAAAAUUGAGAGAGUAUCAAAUGAAUGGCUUAAGGUGGUUGGUAUCACUAUACAACAAUCAUUUGAAUGGUAUUCUGGCUGAUGAAAUGGGCCUAGGUAAAACUGUUCAGGUAAUUUCAUUAAUUUGUUACCUGAUGGAAACAAAAAAUGAUCGAGGACCUUUUCUAGUGGUUGUGCCAUCUUCAGUUUUACCUGGAUGGGAGUCAGAAAUUAACUUUUGGGCCCCUAGUAUUCUUAGAAUUGUCUAUGCUGGCACCCCUGAGGAGAGACGUAGGCUAUUCAAGGAAAGGAUAGUUCAACAGAAAUUUAAUGUCCUCCUUACGACAUAUGAGUAUCUGAUGAAUAAGCAUGACAGACCAAAACUAAGCAAAAUACACUGGCAUUAUAUAAUAAUUGAUGAAGGUCACCGGAUAAAGAAUGCUUCCUGCAAGUUAAACGCCGAGCUGAAGCAUUAUCAGAGCUCUCACAGAUUGCUGUUAACUGGAACUCCAUUACAGAAUAAUCUCGAGGAGUUGUGGGCGCUACUAAACUUCUUGUUGCCUAAUAUUUUUAAUUCGUCAGAUGAUUUUUCUCAGUGGUUCAACAAACCAUUUGAAAGUAGUGGUGAUAACUCAGCUGAACAAGCCUUGCUGUCUGAGGAAGAAAAUCUAUUGGUCAUAAACCGUCUUCAUCAAGUACUUCGACCAUUUGUCCUCCGGAGGCUGAAGCAUAAGGUUGAGAAUCAACUACCCGAAAAGAUUGAGAGACUUGUAAGAUGUGAGGCUUCUGCAUAUCAGAAGCUUCUAAUGAAGAGGGUAGAAGACAAUUUGGGUACAAUUGGAAAUUCUAAGGCGCGGUCAGUGCACAACUCUGUUAUGGAGCUUCGCAAUAUAUGUAAUCAUCCAUAUCUCAGCCAGCUUCAUGCAGAGGAGGUUGAUAACUUAAUACCAAAGCAUUAUCUUCCCCCAGUUAUAAGGCUUUGUGGGAAGCUUGAGAUGCUAGAUCGAUUACUUCCCAAGCUAAAAGCUACAGAUCAUAGGGUUCUUUUCUUUUCAACAAUGACUAGGCUACUUGAUGUUAUGGAGGAAUAUCUUCACAUUAAGCAAUAUCAGUACCUUAGGUUGGAUGGACACACAUCUGGGGGUGAUCGCGGUGCCCUAAUUGAUAUGUUCAACAAACCGGAUUCUCCCUAUUUUAUAUUUCUUCUUAGCAUUCGGGCUGGUGGUGUUGGAGUAAAUCUUCAAGCUGCAGAUACAGUAAUCAUAUUUGACACUGAUUGGAAUCCACAGGUUGAUUUGCAAGCACAGGCAAGGGCUCACAGAAUCGGCCAGAAGAGGGAAGUACUUGUUCUUCGGUUUGAAACGGUUCAAACUGUUGAAGAACAAGUCAGAGCUGCAGCUGAGCACAAGCUGGGAGUUGCGAAUCAAAGCAUUACUGCUGGUUUCUUUGACAACAAUACAAGUGCUGAAGACCGAAGAGAAUAUUUGGAGUCCCUUUUGCGUGAGUGUAAGAAAGAAGAAGCUGCACCUGUAUUAGAUGAUGAUGCCUUAAAUGAUCUUUUAGCUCGCAGUGAGCCAGAAAUUGAUGUUUUUGAAUCAGUUGACAGAAGAAGGCGAGAAGAAGAGAUGGCAACAUGGAAAAAGUUGGUAUGUGUAAAAAGCAUGGAUAGUUCAGAGACCCUACUUCCCUUGCCUUCUCGCCUUGUUACAGAUGAUGACUUGAAGGAGUUCUGUGAAGCAAUGAAGGUAUAUGAGGUUCCAAAAACUGGUGAAAAGUCUAAUGAUGGGUUAAAGCGGAAGGGUGGAUCUCUCGGGGGCCUUGAUACUCAACGUUAUGGCCGGGGGAAACGGGCAAGAGAGGUGCGUUCGUAUGAAGAGCAAUGGACAGAAGAGGAAUUUGAAAAGUUAUGUCAAGCCGAAUCACCGGAUUCCCCUACAAAACCAAAAGAAGAAGUUACUGAGUCAAACAUGCCAAAAGAUGACAGUGGGUCUGUGGUGGCUGUUUGUGAAACAGAACUUCCUGCUCCACUCCCACCACACAUAUUGUCACCCUCAGUGGAGCUUUCCCAGAUGCAGCAAAGUAAAGAGGUUACCCCACCAGCUAAACGAGGCCGUGGAAGGCCAAAAAGAGCAACAUUAAAUCAAUCACCAGCUGCAAUGGUUCUUACAGCACCUUCUGGAACUAAUAAAGUGGAUACUGGGUUGCAAAGAGGGAUGACAUCUAGCCCUGCCACAAACUCGGGCCCUGAUUCAGCACCUACUUCUGCUAAUGCACAGAAUAUUGGUGGAAUUGUACAACAUACUAGUAUUGUGGCCUCACCUAAUUCUCAGCCAAUUGCUCCUAAACCUUCUGUUACUCCUGAUUCUCAGACGACCACUAUUAGCCCUUCUCCAUCAACACAAUCAAGAGGAAGAGGUCGGAAGGCUCAAAGUGGACCAGAAGUACCCAGGCGUAGGGGAAGGAAACAGGCGCCAAUAUCACCUGGUGUUGGUGGAGUAUCUGGUCUUGAUCCAAAACAAAAUGAAGCAUCACAGAACAUAUCUGUGAAUCCACUAGAAAAUCAAGCCAUUGGCAUGAGUGGAACUGUUUCUAGUACUUCCGCAGUCCAACAACCUGAGUCUUUUUCUGGUUCUGCUCCUUUACAAGGUGUGAAUGGGGCUGAUCAUCAAGUUGGUGAUGUUGUAGCUUUGAGUUCUCAGCCAGCCCUUUCUUCUCCAUCUGUUGCUCCUUUGUCUCAGUCUUCUCCUUCCCCUUCUGUACCCGAGCAAAUGAAAGGGCAAGACCGGAAGGUUCAAGGUGGUGUAGGGGCACCGCGACGUAGGGGAAAGAAACAGGCGCCAAUAUCACCUGCUGUUACUGAUGUGUUAGUUGGUCAAGAUUUGAAACCCAAUCUGCAACCACAGGAUAAACCUGGGGAUUCAUCUGGAAGCAAAGACAUUGCCAUGCAAAGUAAGCAAGAGGCUGAUGGUUUAGCUGGUCAGGAUCUGAACUUAACCGAAGAGUCGGUAAAUUUGGCCCAAGCCAAGCAGAUAACUAGCUCAACAAUGAUGCAUGAUACAUCCGUCAGAUCUCUUGGUCCUGCUUUGGGAGAAAGUCAAAAUGUUGUCGCAUGCAAUUCUUCUGUUACAGUGAAUGAAGGUGCUGCAGCACCAGCUAUUCCAACUCCCUUAACUGCACCUCCAUGUACUCCUUUAAUUGAAUCCUUUCCCAAAUCAACUUCCGUGGAAAACACCGGUGAGGCGAAAUAUGAUGUUGCUAAGACUGCUCCUAGCUCUCAGUCAAUGCCUUCCAACCCUUCUGCUCCUCUAGCUUCUCAAUCUCUCACUCCUUGCUCUUCUGAAACAGUACAAGUCAAAAGACAAGGUCGAAAGACUUCAAACAGAGCCGAAGCACCUCGUCGUAGGGGAAGGAAGCAGGCUCCGGUGUUACCAUCUGUUUCUGAUGGUCCAGCUGGUCAGAAUCCAAACUUAAGUUUACAAUCACAGAAUGCAUCUGCUGAUACAUACGGGAGUAAGUCUGCUGCACUGAGAAGUAAGCAAGGUACUGAUGGACAGGAGUUGACAAAAGUUACUCAGGACCAGGCAAGUCAAGCACAUUUAGCGGGUCAUGAUCCAAAGAGAAAAGAGCAGCCAGUCUUUUCAACCCACAAUAAGCAGCCUGCAAAUUCAUCAUCAACGCUUGAUGUUCCUCCAGGAUUCCCUGAUAAGAGUUCUGCUUUGGGCCGUAUCCAGACUGCUGAUGUAAGUGAUGUUGCUCGUGUGAUGAAGGAGGUCUUUUCUGGGACACGUUUGUCAAAACCUAAAAUUCCCGAGUCAUCUGGGAGAGAGGGUAGGGUUGUCCCUUGUGUACCUGUAUCAAGCAAGGCUCCUGUGGAAUUAGCCAAAAACCAAUGUUUGGAGGAUAAGGCAUCUCCAACUGUGUCAACUUUGGAAACAGCAGCCCAUCUACUUGACCUCCCAGCGAAUUACGAAAAGCAAUCUGGGACUGGUGUUAGUGCAGAAGGGGAGAGGGACAAACCACCUGCUUUGAAUGAAACCCAUGUUCCCAUCACAAAUAUGGAGCAAGACUCGACAGCUGUAGGUUCCACUAAAGAAAUGGAAGACUCAAAACAACUCUGUGUUGAUGGUUCAACUAUGGAGAGUAAAACAGAGACUGUUGUUCAGACAUUGUCUCGAGAUGUUGAUGUGCCUGAUUCUAGUAUUGGGUCCUCUGGGGGUGAGAUGAAUUCAUCUUUGGUAUUUCAAAGUAAUAGUGAGCACCUUCUGGUGAUUGGGAGUGAUUCCGGAAAGAAAAUUGAAUCUUUUUCAGGAGAGUCUCAUAAAUCCUCUGCUGUUGAGCACCCUUCAAUUUCCAAGGACACUGAUAAUGCUAGUCUUCAUCUUGUUGUUACACCUCCUGUUCCUGGGGUCCCAGUUGAGUCAAGUGAGGUGGGCCUUCCUGCUGUGGUUGAUUCUGAAAACAAAAUAGGGAGUUAUGCUAAGGAGAAUCCAAUAUCUCCUUGUAUUACCAAGGAUGCUGGCCAUCAUUCUGAAGACCCUUCACCUAUUACUUCAAGUCCAGAUCAUUCAGCAGACAAAUCAGAACAUUCUUCAAAAGAGUCCCAAGAAUCUUCCCCCCAUGAUAGAAAAACCAUUCUAUUCAUGUCAUCUGAAAAUGUUUGUCCUGGAGGAAGUGCACCCUUGUCUGUGGGUUUAGAGGAUGUAGUGCCUCCUGUUAUGGCUGAAGAUGACCCUGGAAGAAAGAAUAAGCCUGCUUCAGAAGGUUGCGCACAAAACUCUCCUCUGAGCCAUGAUAAUUCCACAAUUAUUCCGGCAAUGCUAAAUCUUGAUUCUGGAGGGGGUUCUCUUGACAAAGUUGACAUGCCUUUUACAGAAUCUGAAGUUGUUAAUUGUUCUGGUGAAGGUGUUUGUUUAAAUUCAGAAAUUUCAUCCAAGAUUGAUGAUUCUGAAGCUUCUCAUGAAUCAAGUGGUGGCGAUUCAGGGCGUAAUACCACUUUGCAUGUAAUUCCUUCUGAAAAGGGCAUCUUGGAACUUGGAACUGAAAUGACUGGGGAUGGUAGUAUUGAUGUUUGCAAUAUGGAAGUGGACCCUGCUGAGGGUGCUCAAAUGGAUAUUUCUCAUGCUGGUAGUUGUCCACCUGAAAAAGUAUUGGAUACGGUUUUACCCUCAUCUUCAUUGGUAGUGGUGGGAGAAAUUCAUGAAUCAUCUGAUAGAGCUCAAGUUGGCAGCUACAAGGCACAAGAGAACCCAAAAGUUUCUAGUCCUGCCUUGGUUGUUUCUCAGGAUGGUAUAUUUGUAUCAGAAGAUAAAUCAGAAGUCUUGCCGUCAUCUUCCAUAGGGGAAGCGGAAACAGUGGAGGGCUCAUCUGUGAAACGCCAAAGUAGCAGCUCACAAUCUCUAGUGGAACAGAAUCACGCUGUCACUGAAAUGGAUGUUAAAUCGCCACAACAUAUCUCUGAAAAAAUUGAUGUUUCUUCAUCUUUAAACACACACAAAGAAAAGAUUGAGGGUUCAUCUGAGAAGAGGCCAAGUUGCAGCUCAGUACUACUGGAAGACACAAAAGGUUCUGAAGGUUUAACAGUUGUUCAAAUGGAUUUCUCUCAGGUUCAUGGAACUGUGCAAGAGAAUAUUGUAUCAGAAGGUAUGACUGAGGAGGGGACGACUAAGGACAUAUGUAAGACCAAUCAAGUUUGCAGCUCAUUACCUAUGGAGGAACCAGAAGUUUCUAGAGCCAAAAGAGACGCUCUAAAUGAUUCAUCUCAGAUUGAUGGGAAUCUACCGGAAAUGAGUGUGACUGGAAACUUAGAUUCUCCUCUAUCUUUAGUGACAGAGGAAGGAAAUACUGAUAUAUCUGGAAAGUUUCCAGUCGGCAGUCCAGUACCAGUGGAAGAAGAAAAGAUUGAUGGAACGUCUGUGAAACAUUUCGGUGGGAGUUCAGACUUAUUAGGAGAACCGAAAGGAUCUGACACUGAAGUGGAUGUUUCUCUGGUUAGUGAGCUGAAGCCCGAAAAUAUAUCAGAAAGUGAUAUUCUGUCUUCAUCUUCUGUUGUAAUUAAGGAAGGAAAGGUUGAGUGCUUAUCUGAGAGCGGUCCAGCCAGAUCAAUAGUGCUGGGGGAUGCAUCUGAAGCUUUAGUUUCUGAUAAAAUGGUUGUCUCUGAGGUUGACACAUUUGUGCCCGAAAGGAUGCUAGAAGAUAUGCCUUUAUCUACCUUGACAAAAGAGCAUGGAAGUACUGAGGGCUCUUCCGAGAAGGGUCAAGAUGGCAGCAGCUCAGUACAACUUGAGGAAUCAACUGGAAAGGAAGAUGAAAUGGAUCAUCCAAAGGAAACACCCAGAUAUUCUGGGGAUUUGCUUGUAAAAGAAAGUGUUGAUUCAGAAGAGGAGGUUCAACGGUUAUCCAAGAAGGAAGCUGUAAGCAGCUCAGCGCAGCUGUUGGAAUCAAUGGUUUCUGAACCUGAAACGGGUGAUCAUUCCGAUGCAUCCAAGGUUGGCAUGGUACCACUAGAAGAUACAAUGGCGGAGGACGUUGACCUGCCUGCAUCCUCGAUAGAGACUGAAGGAAAAGGUAUAGAUCGUCCAUCUGAGUUUCUAGAUGGCAGCUCAGUGAUGGAGGGUCCAAAAACACCUGUAGCUGACGAGGAUGCUCAGGUGAAUGCUCCUGAUGCUUGUGAGAGGGAGCCAGAAGUUGUGUCUGAAUCUGUGGAUAUGCCUCCGGUUACCUCGACCAUGGUGGAUGAUGAUGUCAAAGGUUCAUCAGAAGCAGUUCCCAUAGUCAGCUCCAAAGCACCAGAGAUGUUGGAAUCUGAAGCUAAAAUAUUUGAGAGUGUUGAAUGCUUAUCUGAGGCAAGGCCCGUGGGCAGCUCUGAAUCACCAGAGUCAAAAUCCGAAGCUAAAGUUGCUGACGCACCGGAGGAGUCAAAAUCGGAAGCUAAAGUUGCUGAUGCUUCUCAGGUUUCUGAGACAAUGCCAGAACUUGCAUCUGAAAAUGCAGAUCAGCCUCCAGUUAACAUGGCCGUGGAGGGUGACAAUAUUGAAGGCUUAUCGGAGGCAGGGCCAGUGGGCAUCUCGGAACCACCAGAGGAGUCAAAAUCUGAAGCCAAAGUUGGCGAUGCUGCUCCCGUUUGUGGGACAAUGCCAGAAAAUGCAUCCCGAAGACAUGGAUAUUGAGCCAUCGGAGGGUGAAAAUGUGGGGCUACCAGCUGAGGGACCUGUUGGUGAUAACUCAAUGGAACAGCCUUGAAGUAAACUAACUGCCUGACUAGAGAGUUUGAGUAGAGCUUGUUGGAGCAUAAAAAACACCUGAACUAACUAUUCAGUAAAUUAUAGUUUGCUGCCCUUUGUAAAGGGAAUUAGGUUCCUAAUUAAUAUUUAUGUAGAUAAAAGUAUUCAUAUAUGACUUAUUUUUGUGGAAAAAGCUCCUUCUGGGUUUGCUGCUUUA